CUGAGUUUUAUGUAGACUUUGGUAAUUCCAUUUAAUCAUACCUUACCAUCUAUAUAUACAAUAGAGCAACUCCAAAUACUCAUCAUCACAAAAAGCUAAGAAAAUAACAAUGGCAAUUCCACCGGUUGAACAAAUCAAUGUUCAAGACUCAACCACAGAAAUCAAACUCGAAUCAUCAUCAUCAUCAUCAAAAUCUCAUGUAACAUUGAAGAUUCAAGGAGCAGAUGAUCAUGAUGUUUACUACAGAGUGAAGCGUGAUUUCCCAUUACAUCACAUGAAACUCGAUUUCUGCAAUCGUCUUGGUGUUGAUUAUGGAGUUGUUCGUUUUGUUUUUGGAAAAACAGAGGUUCGAGGGGCUAAAACUCCUGAUGAUUUGAAGAUGAAGAAUGGUGAUAGUAUUAUUUCUUGGGUUGACAAGAUUGGGGGUUGAUUAAUUAAUGAAUGUAAUUAAAUAGAGUUUGAUUAAUCUUCGAGUUUGAUUUCGAGUUUAUGGAAUGAAGAACAGACUCUGUUUUAGUUAUGUUUAUUUGAUUGUGUCUUUUUUCUUGUAUUAAUGGUUUGAUCAUGUCUCAUGUCAUUAGUGCUUGGUUUGACAACAUUGGGGGUUGAUUAAUUAAUGAAUAAUUAAUUACCAGUUUUAAUCUUUGAGUUUGAUUUCGAGUUUAUGGGAAUGAAGAACAGACUCUGUUUUAGUAA